CUUAUGCUGCUCAAGUCGUCCUCCUCUGAUGCUCAAGUCUUCAUGUAGCACACUUAAUGCUGCUCAAUUCGUCCUCCUCGGAUGUUACUCCAAUGCAAAUAUCUUGGCCGAGUUUUUGGAACGUGCACGGAUGUGUUCAGGAGACAGAGCCAGAGAGACAGCACCUGCGAGCGAUCUGAUUUACAUUUUGUCAAUUUCGGUUCAUUCAAAACUUGAGAGUGUGAUACGGAGUGUUUUUUUUAAUGACUGUCCCCAGCCAAUCACAGCCGGAACUGCGGUCACCGUAGCUCAGCCAAGCGCAUCUGUCUCCGGCCGCUCCAGUCCAGUUGACCCGAUCCCCGAACCAAACCAACAGCACAUCUUCAACACGGAAUAUUGGACGUGGUUUGACUUGAAUUACGGAUCAUUCGCACUUCUUUCACAACUUUUAAAACAACAAUCACCCUAGAAUUCAGAGCAUGGAGAUGGUUUUCAUCAGAGUGGCUCUGCGCGCUUUGAUAGUCGUUUGUCUUUUGGAUAAGGGGGUGGUGGACUCCAACGAGAUCCUGGGCCUGAAGCUACCCAACAUCGACCCCAUCCUCAACGCCAACACAGUGUGCCUGACACUGUCGGGCUUGAACCGCCGCCAGCAGGACGUCUGCAUGCGCAACCCGGACGUCACAGCCUCCGCCAUCCAGGGCAUCCAGAUCGCCAUCCACGAGUGCCAGCACCAGUUCAGAGGUCACCGCUGGAAUUGCUCCAGCCUGGAGACACGCAACAAGAUCCCCUAUGACAGCGUGGUCUUCAAACGAGGCUUCCGUGAGAGCGCCUUUGCCUACGCCAUUGCGGCGGCGGGCGUGGUGCACGCCGUGGCCAAUGCCUGCUCCAUGGGCAAGCUGAAGGCUUGCGGCUGUGACGACAAGCGGCGCGGUGACGAGGAAGCAUUCCGCAUCAAGCUGCACCACCUGCAGAUGGAGGCCAUCCACCGGGGCAAGGGCAUGGUGCACGGGGUGAUGGAGCACUUCCCUGCCGAGCUGCCGGGGCCCCAGGACUCCUGGGAGUGGGGCGGCUGCAGCCCCGACGUGGAGUUCGGGGAGAAGUUCUCGCAGGACUUCCUGGACGCCCGUGAGACCUACAAGGACAUCCAUGCGCGCAUGAGGCUGCACAAUAACAGAGUUGGGAGGCAGGUGGUGCUCAGCAACAUGCGGAGGAAGUGUAAGUGCCACGGUACGUCGGGGAGCUGCCAGCUCAAGACGUGCUGGCAGGUGACCCCUGAGUUCCGCGUGGUGGGAUCCCUGCUGAGGGAGCGCUUCCAGAGCGCCACGCUCAUCAAGGCCCACAACCGCAACACGGGGCAGCUGGACCACUCCCACCACGGCAACCACCACCACAGCAACCACCACAGCAGCAACAGCCACCACCACAGCAGCAGCAGUAGCAGCAACCACCACAGCAACCACCAUCCCAACAACAACAACAACAACCACCACAACCACCACGGCCACCACAACCACCAACACCACCACCACCCGCACCCCCACCGCCGCCGCCAGCAGCCCAGCAUCAACGACCUGGUGUACUUCGAGAAGUCCCCCGACUUCUGCGAGCGAGACCUGGGCUCCGACUCCAGUGGCACGCAGGGCCGCAUCUGCAACAAGACCAGCCCGGGCAUGGACCGUUGCGAGAGCCUGUGCUGCGGCCGCGGCCACAACAUCCUGCAGCAGACACGCAGCGAGCGCUGCAACUGCAAGUUCCACUGGUGCUGCUACGUGGUGUGUGCCGAGUGCCGCAUCACAGAGUGGGUCAGCGUGUGCAAGUGA